AUGGGGACGCCUUCUGAGGAGGUGAUCACGGUUCAAUCUAGCAGCGAGCACGCGGCUGACAAUGCAGGGGCUCAGGAGAGCCCACCAGGAGCUUUGCGAGCUGCUCCGAUGACUGCAGAAGGCAUCGAUGGACUACAGCCCUCCAGUCUGCUCAGCGAGCCUGCCCGAUCAGGAAGAUUCUCGCUGAGUAGCAUAUUGAGACCUCAUCAGAGCAGAGAGGUCCUCUCCAAAGAGGGCAGUCCUACCAGAGGCGAUGACCCUGUCAGCUCAGGCCUGUUACCUUAUCAUAUUGCCGUCUCGCUGUUCGAAGGAUUCAUGAAUAACUGCAAUCCGUUAGUGUGCGUCCUAGAUCCGGAUCUUCAUACCUUCCGAUAUGUACAGGAUCGCUCAUCUCUACUCAUGACAAUCAUACUAGCGGCUGCAAGCAAGGCUUAUAACCCGAGCUAUCACUCUGUCCUGCAGCAGCAUGCAGAGAAGCUGUUGGCGAAGUGCUUCACGUCCGGACGAAAAAGUCCCGAAAUCAUCCAAGCAUUUCUUUUGAGCACCUACUGGAAGCAGCCCGACGACUCCCGUUCCUGGCCAAUGGUGGGCUACGCGAUUCGAAUUGCCCAAGAGUUAGGUUGGCACAAGUUCCAGUUAGCAUCUGACAGAGGCAGCGACACCACGACACAAUCUCACGAAUCGAUCAGGAUCAGACGCAACAUGGAACGGACCUGGCUCGUUCUCUUUGUAUAUGAUAGAAGCCUCAACCUACAGACUGGAAAGCCAUGGAUGAUAGAGAGGAGUAAUUUCAUUGAGUCCUAUGUCCAGUGGUACCAGGACCCUAUCGCAUCGAGGACCGAUGCGACCUUAGCCGGCUUCAUUGCUCUGCGCCUGGCAACAGCAGACGUUCUAAAGACUUUUGGCUCGCUGCGGUCACUCCCAUCAGAUCAGCGGGGUCACGAAGCCUCAGAAACCCUGAGCCGUGAAAUCAACAAGUGGCAACAGUCAUGGACUCACGCGGCGGGUCACUCAGGCGAAUGCCACGUCUUCCUUGUGUCGUUCUUUGGUGCACACGCGCGACUUGUUCUGCGUGCGUUUCAGCUUCAAGCAUACGCCGCGAAUCGGCCGCGAGCAAACAUGGAAGCUAAUGAGAAGUUGUUGGCGACUAGCGACGGAGCCUCGAGAUGCAACCCCACCAACAUUCGCAUGCUCAUUACUGGCGGACUAUCUUGCAAUGUACUCAGCGAAUACAACAAGGUGGCACAACGUCCUCCCCACACUAGUCGUCGCAACCAUGAUGGCAGCGAUACGGUCGACACGCUCAGACCUGCCAACCAGCAUCAUGUCAACGAUACGACACAGCGAAAUGAUGAAAUCCUGAAUCAGCCUGCUGACACAAUUGGCCUCUAUGGUUCAACCACCACACCACCAUCUGUUGAGCCAUUCGAGUCCGGUCACCUUGAAUACCAGUGGACUUACGCUGAUGAAGAAGGCUGGCUUGCUAUGUUCUCUGAUGCUGGUCUCAACGUCGACGGAGGAGUGUUCAUGCCCAAUUGA